GACGGUACGACAUCAUUAACCGAAAGAACAAUACCUAUCCGGUCCCUCAAUCAUACUACUACUCUCUCUCUCUCUCUCUCUCUCUUUCCUCCGUGAUCUCUAUCGCCCCCGACAGAAGCAGGCCAAUCCCUGUUCCAUUUCGCCCGCGCGAGAGCGGCGAGAGAUCUCCCCCCUGAUGGCCCCUCACGGCGACGGAUCGGGCGCUGCGGAGGAAACCGCGGCCGCCGGAGCCGAGGAGCGCCCUGUCUCGACCGUCGUCGUCGUGAUCGCUAUGCAGACUGAAGCGCUUCCGGUGGUCAACAGGUUCCAGCUCGUCGAGGAUCGAGAGUCCUUGUUCCCUAAGGGCGUCCCUUGGGUUCGUUACCAUGGUACUUACAAAGACUUGAAUAUAAAUUUGAUCUGGCCAGGAAAAGAUCCUUCAUUUGGGGUCGACAGUGUUGGCACAAUUUCUGCAUCCCUGGUGACUUAUGCUUCUGUUCAGGCAUUGCAGCCUGACCUAAUCAUAAAUGCCGGUACCGCUGGUGGCUUCAAGGCUAAAGGAGCAAGCAUCAGCGAUGUGUUUCUGGCAUCUGAGGUUGCUUUCCACGAUAGAAGAAUACCUAUCCCUGUUUUUGAUCUGUAUGGAGUUGGGUUGCGACAGGCAUUCUCAACACCAAAUCUUGUAAAAGAGCUCAACUUGAAGGUUGGCAAGCUGUCGACUGGAGACUCUCUGGACAUGUCCCAACAUGAUGAAGCAUCAAUUUUUGCAAAUGACGCAACAAUCAAAGAUAUGGAGGGUGCAGCUGUUGCUUAUGUAGCCGAUAUCUUGAAAGUUCCUGCAAUAUUUGUAAAAGCAGUGACCGACAUCGUGGACGGUGACAAACCGACCGCGGAGGAAUUCUUGCAAAAUUUGGCGGCGGUUACUGCCACCCUCGAUCAGACAGUCUCUCAAGUUGUCGAAUUCAUCAACGGGAAGUGCCUUUCUGAGCUCUGAGGCAUCGAUCAAUGUAGAACUUAUCGAUUUGUAUGUAGAUGACAUUAACGUGCGCCCAUUGGAAUUCAGCUUCAUACAGCUAUGCAAGUUGAGGGGGACUGAGGACGGUGUGCGCAGGAUAUGUACUACUAGAUGCUUCAUGUUUGACAUGACGGACUUGAUUUUUUCGCGAGACCCAUGGAAUCAUUUGUACGUCAAAAUCUUCCUGGUCGAUCGAAUCAUUUGCUAUACACCGGGCGGACUUAUUGUCUUGAAUCAUCUGUACAAGUUGCAUUUGGGACAUUUAUGUGGUUUCGGUUGCAGUAAUGUUUAAAAUGACAACAGUCAUAUGGGGUUAUGACAGUAA